AUGGCGAUAUCUAGCGGAGUGCUCCUCUCGCGGUCGCGCCUGUUCUCCGUCCUCUCCCUAGCUCUGCUGUCUUCCCAAGCUGCGCAUGCGCAAUUAUAUUCGCCUCUGGAUCCGAUCUUCUAUUUUUGCUCGCGAUGGUUCUCAUCUUCGAUUGUCAAGGAUGGCAGUCUUUACAUCAAUGGCGGAAUAGAGACCUUCUAUCACUCUGGAGUGACAUCCGAUACAAUCCUCGGCAUUAAUACAUAUCUAAUUCAAGUGUCGAUGGAAACAUCAUGGGACUGGAAAACGAACAUCACCAUCACAGACGAGAGCAAGAGCACCGCCAACCCGAAGACUGGAACUUAUCCUCCUAGUUUGGUACGCGGCACGAUGUUUCACGGCCCCGCGGAUUUGAAAGAGGUGUAUGCGUUCGGAGGUACCACUUUCAUGGGCAACACGAGCUUCUUGGGAUAUGUCGCGCCCGAUGCUAGUACCUAUCCGCUGUGGACAUACGCAUACGACUCAUCUGACUUCCGAUGGGAUCAAAACGACAUCGGACAGCCCUGGAAACCGAACCAUGGAGCAGCGGCUGAGGCAAUUGAUCAAGGGUUGGGCUUCUACUUGAAUGGCCAGAUCGACAAGGGAACGGAUUCUUCGACGAAGAACUUCGGCAAUGAUAGCACCCUGCCUCUUGAUGGAAUGCUAGUAAUUGACCUUGCCAAUUCGACAUCGAAUAAUAUCUCAACAGCGGCUAUUAGCGGAAAUGAACCAAGGGUGGGCGGGGGGCUCCAGUAUAUUGCGGAUGUUGGGAAGAAAGGUAUUCUGGUGGCUUUAGGUGGCCAAUUGAGUCCCCAGAACGUCUCGGCAAGCACUUCCACGAAUGGUCGCUUGCUUAGCUUGGACACCGUUGAUGUUUUCGACAUCAGUUCAUACAUUGACGACCCGGACACUAAUGGUACUUGGUACAACCAAACGACAACUGGCGAAAUCCCAGAGCCUAGGAUAGACUUCUGUGUCGUUGCUGCUUCCGCACCAGAUAAUUCCAGUCAUCACAUAUAUCUCUACGGCGGCCACAACACAAUAUCAGGAGUUCCCUAUGACGACAUCCACGUUCUCUCCUUGCCAGCUUUUAGAUGGACUAAAAUCAACUUUGGGGCUAGCCCUCGAUGGGGACACGAUUGUCAUGUCGUCGGGAACCGACAGCUACUCACAGUGGGUGGGAACACCACGAACGAGCAAUGCGAUUGGGAGAUUAAGGGCGUCGCUAUCCUAGACAUGUCCACUAUCACUUGGGGUAGUGUCUACGACGCGUUCGCGCCUGAGUAUCUCGUCCCUACCCCUAUAACGAAGUGGCUAGGAGGCAGUCCAAGUGGAGGCGCGACAAUCACCGCACCCGCAGGUGGCUACAAUUCCACUGGACUCGCGCAACUUAUGGGCGUAAAGAGGAUCUGGCCUACUUCCGCCCCUCCACCUUCGCCAUCAGCUCCACCUCCGUCCCACCACAAGAAAACCAGCGUCGGCGUCAUCGUCGGGCCCGUGAUUGGCGGGGUCGCAGCGCUCGCUCUCCUUGGAGGCCUACUCCUCUGGCUCCGCCACCGGCGACACAAGAAAGCCAUGACGCCCCACGAGCUGGAGGCGGCGGAGAAGUCCGAAAUGCACGAGGAGCCCAAGAAGAUGCCGUACGAGCUGCCCGACGACAACCGUAUACCAACUGAGAUGGCAGAGCAGCAUGGGCUCGCCGAGGCGCCGCGGGAGACGACCACUUAUGCUGUUGAAUUACCUGCGACUACUAUUUCGAGAGAUGCGAAGCCGGGUGUGCCGAUGUUGAGGACGCCGUCAAAUGAGGAUCCGCCGCAGCUAGAACUAUUGCGGUGA